AGUAUUGUUUCUCAGCUGAAGACGUGAAGAUCGCUCCUCCUGAGGUCGCGCCGUGUUUACCAUACAAUUGCGAGUGGAAUAUAAAAGACAUACAACAUGUACUCAAUUGCAUUGCUAGGGUAGUGUGUGAGAAAGUUUGUAGCAUUUAGGAAAUGCUUUUCUGCGAAUUGACUUUUCUUUUUUCGAUAAAAAAGAUUUUUUUUACAAAAAUUGUUAGAAAUUAUUUUGGCAAUUUUAUUUGUCUUUAGGUGAUUGUGAGUGGUUUAAAAAAAUACCUUAAAAAAUGUCAAAAACUUGGAUAAUAAUUACUUUUGGUGCCAUAGUAACAUUAGUAGAAUUUACCUUAGGCCAACAUACACAGAAAUCAAGUCGGAUGUACUCCAAUGAAAAUGGUUUUAAUUUACAGCCAUUCUAUACACAUCAGUCGGAUCACCACCCACACCACAGUCAGUAUACUUUUCUCACAAGCAGACGAUUAAGUGAGGUGGACAGAAUGGGGUACCCUGUGGAAUACUACAGGAUACCAAAUAUGCCAGUACAGUCGUAUCAGGAUCCAACAAAGGUCACGAGAAUUCGAAGACAGGACACACAGGAGCGAGGAUUGUCUCCUGUGGCAUUUUCGAGAAUUUCCGAAACACUCGGUGCCCUAAAUACAGUUGGGCAAUACUUGGUGAAUAUGACUCGAGGUGAAUCAGCCCCCAUCAUUCACACAAGCGGGUCAUCGUCGACAGACAACGUACCCAGUGCAAUUCUCACUCUCACUUCCAAUGUACUUGGGAAAAAUAUCACGAACACAAUAGAGCCACUUAUAAAGCAAAUGGGCAAUAUAAAUUUAGGCCAGAACACCUCAACGAAGAGCCAUGAUAAUUCCACCACCACCAAAGACAAGAGAAAAGCUUCGGCGAAAGAUAUCAGAGAACCCGCAACGAGUGUUCAAUCCAAGGAUAGUGAGCAUCGUUGUCGUACUCCUGAUGGCUCCCCGGGGAAGUGUCAGGAUCUUAGUAGCUGCCCUAGUUUGCUCCUUGAUUUGGGGCACUUGAGGGAUUCUUUGUGCUUCAAAAGUCUCUUCGUACCGGGUGUAUGUUGCCCAACGAGAGAAUCCACGGUGCUAACAACGCAGCGUCCUGUUCAGUAUCCCAUAAAACCAAGACCGGAAACAACAACAGCCCAGAGUCUUGUCAUCAAGCCUGUGGCAUCGUACACAACAACAACAUCCAGGCCAUUGAUUCCCGUCUUCACAGUGCCAUCUGGUCAAGGAGGGGAAUCCAAUGCUCUCGAUGCGGAUGACAACUCCAUAGGACAUAUUAUUGAUCCUAAUGAUUGUGGACAACAAGAAUAUACUACAGGACGAAUUGUUGGUGGUGUUGAAUCACCAAAUGGGGAAUGGCCAUGGAUGGCUGCAAUAUUUCUUCAUGGACCAAAGAGGACUGAAUUUUGGUGUGGGGGCUCUCUAAUUGGUACCAAAUACGUUCUCACCGCUGCUCACUGUACAAGAGAUUCCCGCCAGAGACCUUUUGCUCCUCGUCAAUUCACCGUGAGACUUGGAGACGUGGAUCUAUCAACGGAUGAUGAACCAUCCGCUCCAGUGACAUUCAAAGUUAAGGAAGUACGUGCACAUCCUAGAUUUUCCCGUGUGGGCUUCUACAAUGAUAUAGCCGUAAUAGUGCUCGAUAAACCUGUUAGAAAGUCUAAAUACGUCAUACCAGUUUGCUUACCAACAAGAAGUCUUCCUGCACCUGAUCGUCUUGCAGGCAGAAGAGGAACAGUGGUUGGUUGGGGGACAACGUAUUAUGGUGGAAAAGAAUCCACAACACAACGACAAGCAAAUCUCCCACUAUGGCGCAAUGAAGACUGCAAUCGAGCCUAUUUUCAACCAAUUACGGAGAAUUUCUUAUGUGCAGGAUAUUCCGAAGGUGGAGUUGAUGCGUGUCAAGGAGAUUCUGGAGGUCCAUUGAUGAUGAAAGUUGAUUCACGCUGGACGCAAUUGGGUAUUGUGAGCUUUGGAAACAAAUGCGGCGAACCUGGCUAUCCAGGAGUCUAUACCAGAGUAUCCGAAUAUAUGGAUUGGAUACGAGAAACAACGAGAAAUUAGUCAUUAAAGAAAAAUUAUUAAAUUAUUGUGAAACAGGAAGACUACUUUAAAAUUUAUAUCAAUAAAUCAAUUUACUUAUUAUUUCGCUUCAUAAAA